AUGGAUCCGCCCUGUCUUGUGUUUUGGCCAGUGCGGGAUACGUCACCACAUGGAUUUCGGCCACUUCCAUCUAUACAAUGGAAUCAUUGCAGUGACUUAGCCUGUCAGCAAGCGGCAAAAGUCAUUAGGUUCAGUGAUGAUAACAAAAUUAUUCAACCCAAACCUUUCACAAUACAGAUCUUCAAAUUCUGCCUCCUGUCCCCUCAGCUAUUCAACGGUUGUCAAGAAGUCAAUAUUUUAUCAAAGAGGUACGCAUACGACACCAACCCCAGUGCCCCAUACACAACACCAGUGCCCAACACACAACCCCAGUGCCCAAUACACAACCCCAGUGCCCAAUACACAACCCCAGUGCCCAAUACACAACCCCAGUGCCCAAUACACAACCCCAGUGCCCAAUACACAACCCCAGUGCCCAAUGCACAACCCCAGUGCCCAAUACACAACCCCAGUGCCCAAUACACAACCCCAGUGCCCAAUGCACAACCCCAGUGCCCAAUACACAACCCCAGUGCCCAAUGCACAACCCCAGUGCCCCAUACACAACCCCAGUGCCCAAUACACAACCCCAGUGCCCAAUGCACAACCCCAGUGCCCAAUACACAACCCCAGUGCCCAAUGCACAACCCCAGUGCCCCAUACACAACCCCAGUGCCCAAUACACAACCCCAGUGCCCAAUGCACAACCCCAGUGCCCAAUACACAACCCCAGUGCCCAAUGCACAACCCCAGUGCCCCAUACACAACCCCAGUGCCCAAUACACAACCCCAGUGCCCAAUACACAACCCCAGUGCCCAAUGCACAACCCCAGUGCCCAAUACACAACCCCAGUGCCCCAUACACAACCCCAGUGCCCAAUACACAACCCCAGUGCCCAAUACACAACCCCAGUGCCCAAUGCACAACCCCAGUGCCCAAUACACAACCCCAGUGCCCCAUACACAACCCCAGUGCCCAAUACACAACCACAGUGCCCAAUACACAACCCCAGUGCCCAAUACACAACCCCAGUGCCCAAUGCACAACCCCAGUGCCCAAUACACAACCCCAGUGCCCAAUACACAACCCCAGUGCCCAAUACACAACCCCAGUGCCCCAUACACAACCCCAGUGCCCAAUACACAACCCCAGUGCCCAAUGCACAACCCCAGUGCCCAAUACACAACCCCAGUGCCCCAUACACAACCCCAGUGCCCAAUACACCUUUACGAUACUAUGACGGAGCCCAACCGUCAGAAUCAAGUGUCAGGCUCCUUCUACGAGGAUAUGUUAUCUUGUUGAAAUCAAUGUAA